GCCGGGUGUACGAUCUCUGAAUGCAUUAUCGACUAGCUCGGGCACACGACAACACUGUCCGCGUGAAUUAAAACCUCCUUAGAUACUUACAAAAAAAAAAAAAUCAAAAUCGCAGCGUUAUCUGUGCAAAUAAAAAAAAUGGUUGCGAACGUGUGAAGUGACUUUUUGAAGAACUUUCUUAUUUUUUGUUUGUUUUAAAUAUUUUUUUUUUUCGUUUAUUUUGUUCAGUGAAAGUGUUUGCGUUUCAAAAUGUCUAAAUCUACACUUUUGAUACGUCAAUCCUUUUUCCACCGCCAACGACGGCACAUCGCCGGCUCCUCAUCCCAGCAGACUUCGACAUCACCACAACGUCGGAAUGUAGCUGCCCCGAAGAUCGCGGAAGCUGUGAGACCAUUCAGCGAGAUCCCGGGACCUAUAGCAUUGCCUAUGUUGAGGCAUUCUGCUCAUGUACUGCCUAGGAUUGGGAGCUACCACCACACCGUUGGUCUCGGUCUACUGGAAGGUCUUCGUGACAAGUAUGGAGACUUGGUGCGACUUGCUAAAGCUUCUAGAACGAGACCAGUCCUGUAUGUCUUCGAUCCUGAGAUGAUGAGAGAGGUAUAUGAGAGCUACUCUACCGAACCGCCGCGCUUUGAAAAAUCGCCACUUUGUCAACACAGGAAGGGGGUCGGCCAUGGUCCAGUUCACGGUGAUGAAACGAAGGCGAUUUGGGCAGCAAUACGGGCUCUCCUGCAUGACGGCAGUCUCCUCAAAAGCUACGACCAAGCUUUCGAUGAAAUUGCCGCUGACACUACAAGAAGACUAGGAGAUCUACGUAACGCAGAAAACGCGUUAAACGAUGAAUUGGAAACUGAAAUCUACCGGUGGGCCAUCGAGACUAUUGGCAUGAUGAUCUUCGGCAUCCGACUGGGCUGUCUCGACGGUGCUGUGCAUAUACCUACUGCUGAUAACCAAAAACCAGAAAAGACCUCCUUAGAUGACGAGAUCCACGACCUGUGCUCGCUAUCCAAGCGUUCUCUUGAGGAGUUGACUCAAGCCGAACGUUUGGUUCGAGUCAGUCGAGACAUCGCGGACGGCAGCUUUCUCGUACGGAGUGAGGGCACCCUGAACCCUGAUAACCCGACCUUCAACAGUGCUUUGAAGGCCUUUGACAGACAUUUUAGUCUCACGGAACACUUCCUACUCCAAGCACUGGAGUCCCUGAACAAUGGAGAGUUGAAGCCUGAGCAGGCGUUGUUGGACAAACUGCGGCCACUGCAGAGGCGGAUACUGCCACUCGCUGCUGAUCUGUUGCUGGCUGGAGUUAAUCCUCUCGCCCAAACAGCCCUACACAUGUUCUAUCAACUAUCCCUCCACGCGGCUCGCCAACAACGCGCUCACGACGAGGUGCACUGGUCUAUAGCGUCCCGUGAGGCCGGGUGUGACACGCCCGAGCUGCCGUACGUGGCCGCCUGUGCUAGAGAGGCUAUGAGACUGCACCCAGCUACGGGAGGAGUUGUCAGAAGGAAUCGAGAGGCAAUUGUCGUUGGGGGAUAUGAAAUUCCUGCUGGGGUCGACAUAGUCCUCGCACACGGUGUAACAAGCAAAUCCGAAAGUCAAUGGGGUCGAGCCAAAGCGUUCAUUCCCGAACGAUGGUGCUCCGAAGGUUGGGAGCCACUAAAGGCCUCUAGGGCCCAUCCCUUGGCCUCAAUGCCUUUCGGCGAGGCCUGUCCAGCCACUGGCAUUGUUGGCAAAAUGCUCGCUGCUUUAACUACCAGGGUUUUGGACAAAUAUAGACUGGAAUGGCAUGGCCCGGCUCCUAGCGUGGCCACUGUAGGUGUUAAUAGGAUUCAACCGCCAUAUUAUUUUGUACUGCAGAAAGCUGCUUAAAAGUUGUGAUAUAGGGGUAAGAUUUUUUUGGUGUUGAAGUUGGGUAUGACCAGUGAUUAAGAACAGAGGAUUAUUUAAAGAUAUAUCUAUAUGCUUACCUAUACUUUAUACUAUCUUUUUUCUGGAUCGAAGUAAUUAAAAUUAUACUUCAGGAGUUAUUUUAUUGAUUUGUUAAGUUGAUAAAUGAGGGGUCUUCUAUAUUUAACCGUUUUUAUGCGUUACAUGCAUCAUUCCGCCUAUUUUAAUAUUAGGUAGAUAAUGUUUUUUCCUACUUCAUAAACUUCUGUUAAAAAUAUUCUCAUUUAUUUCAAAGGCUCUAUUAACGUUCUAAUUUAUUUUACUUCUGCUUAAAAAGCUAUAAUUCUUCAAAGAAAAUCCAUCUGGCAAACUCAUUAGCCUAAAUAAGGGAUCAUUAUAUUCCCCUUUUCUUAACCAGGUUUCCUGUAAGUCAAUCAAUCAUCAACUUCAAUGGACAAAGGCCUUUAUGUAAAGCUCUGUUCUGAUUAAGACAGAUUUCAAAUAAGCAACAAAAGACCCGCCUUAUUAUUCGGAAUUAUGAAAUUCGUAUAAUAAAUCUAUUAAAGCUAUAUUUUUCGUCCCGUUUUUACAAGGUUAAAAUCGGGUUUGGAAGGAAAACGAAAAAAGUGGGAUAUUGAAAGAUAGUGAAAUUGAAAAAAUAUAGUCUUUUGUGCUUCUUUGAUAAAUUUAUGAUUAACAUUGUUUUAUUUAAUUGAUUAUUUGAUAAAAGUUCCUGUGUAAGAGUG